AUAAUUUUUGCAAAGACUUCUUUUUACCAAAAAUCCACUAUAUUUAUAAAUAACCCUAAACCCCAUCCUCUCAAAUGACCUAGCCUUCAAAAUUACAAAAAUAUAUGGAGACUUUAUUUUUAUCAAACCCAAGAAAAUUUAUUUUCUUUCUUCUAAAAAUAUUUAUUAACCCAUUUUGGAUUCAAUUCUUCUACUUCAUCUUCAUCUCUUCUUUUGGAUUUCUAAUCUUAAUGAUUUUAAAACCUAAAACAUACCCUUUUUUUCAACCCACAAAGCUUGAUUUGUUCUAUACUUCAGUCUCAGCUUCAACUGUUUCAAGCAUGUCAUCCAUUGAAAUGGAAGUUUUUUCAAAUUCACAACUCAUUGUUUUGACAGUCCUCAUGUUCAUAGGAGGUGAGAUUUUCACUUCAAUGGUUGGACUUCAUUUGAGAAGAUUAUUUAAAAAAAACCUCCAAAUUCCAACAACUCUUGAGGGUUUUGAUUCUUUGAGUUUAAUCAAAUUCUUAGGUUUUGUUGUGUUGGGUUAUCUUUUGAUUACUCAUAUUGUUGGAAUUGGAAUGAUUGUUGUUUACUUUCUUUUUAUUUCAAGUUUUGCUAAAGAGAUUCUUGAUGAAAAAGGUAUAAAUUUGGUCACUUUUUCAUUCUUUACUUGUGUUUCUACUUUAGCUAGUUGUGGUUUUGUCCCAACAAAUGAAAAUAUGAUUGUGUUUCAUAAAAAUUCAGGUCUUCUUUUAAUCUUAAUCCCUCAAAUUUUGGUUGGUAAUACUUUAUAUCCAUCUUGUUUAAGGUUUUGCAUAUGGGUUAUUGGGAAGUUUAGUAAAGAUCAUCAUAACGAUGAACAUCGAUUGAAAGUUGAUUAUUUGUUGAAGACUAGUGAAGAGAUUGGGUAUAUUCAUUUGCUUCCCAGUCUUCAUUCUUGUCUUUUGGUUGUGACAGUUUUUGGGUUCAUUUUCAUUCAAUUUGUAUUGAUUUGUUCAAUGGAAUGGGACUCCAAUGGGUUUAGUGGAUUGAAUUCUUAUCAAAAAGUUGUUGCUAUUCUAUUUCUGAGCACAAAUUCUCGACAUGCGGGAGAAACCAUCGUCAACAUUUCAUCGCUCUCUUCUGCCAUCUUGAUCAUGUUCAUUGUUAUGAUGUAUCUUCCUCCAUAUACAUCUUUUCUUCCAUUAAACGAGAAACAAGAACUAGAAGAUCAUUUUCGACAUCUUCAAAGAAGAAAAGUUAGAUCAAAAAAGGCAAAAGCUUGGCAAAAUUUGUUGUUCUCACAACUUUCUUAUCUAAUCAUAUUCAUCACUAUUAUUUGCAUAAUUGAGAGAAAAAAGAUGGUUGAAGAUCCGAUCAAUUUCAGUGUUUUGAAUAUUGUGCUCGAAGUUAUUAGUGCUUACGGAAACGUGGGAUUCUCAACGGGGUAUAGUUGCAAAUUGCAAAUUCAUCCACCAAACGAUUGUGUUGAUAAAUGGUAUGGAUUUUCAGCAAAAUGGAGUAAUAAAGCCAAAAUUGUACUCAUUUUGGUCAUGAUGUUUGGAAGACUCAAAAAAUUUAACAUGGAUGGUGGAAAAGCUUGGAAACUUGUUUAAAACUUUUUUUCCUAUCUCUCUUGAGUUCAACAAUACACAAAAACACAAUUUAUAUCAAAUUUGCUCGUGUAUAAGUGACAUAGACUUAUCUAAUUUCUCAACUAUAAAUUAUUUUAGUAAUUUUUUAAAAACUUAUUUUACCUC